AUUCAAAAAAAAUUGCGCAAAAUGGAAUUAGAUCUUUUUACAGAAAAGUUGCAUGAUAACGAAAUUUUAUUUCAAAACCUAAACCUACUCGGAUUUGAUAAGGCCCAAAAUGAGAAAGACUUCAAGGUUCUAAUCCAAAGAGAUAUGUUUAACAAAACUAACCAAAAAGGAUUGGCUAUUCUCUUGUAUUUUCUAUUAUGCCACAUGAAACCAGAUUUCAAAGGAAAGUAUGCAAUGUGCUGGUUCCCCUACACUAUGGCUGAGAUGAAAGAGUUCAAGAAGAUCACACUUGAGUAUUUCAAUAUUCUCCAAACUGAGGGACUAGUCCCUCACAGCCAAAUUCUUAGCAAAAGUGUCCUAGAAACUGCUUCUGGUAGAAGAGUCUGGGAAAUGCUGAGAUACUUAUCAGACUAUGCAAUCCGCAUUGAGAUUUAUCGAAAUAACCCUCACUACUCCCUCCCAGAGUUUAUGAUGACUCUAUCUGAAUACAAAGAAGAAAUAGACACAAAUGAAAAUGGAGACGAGCUAACCACUCAGAUUGAUAUGCCCUCCAAAGAAUGAUCGGGAAAUAGCCCAGCUGUUCUCCAAAUCCCACUUGUCAAGAAGGUUCCAGCCAUUACUAAUUUGAAUAGAAGUAUACUAAACAGGAACAGAAUGGGUGCUAUCAGUCAGACUCAAAAGGAAAUUCAAAAGUUUAAAGAAAUAAGCAUUGAUCAACAAACACAAAAGAAGGCCUGGAUAGAGACCUCUGAAAAAUUAAGCGAUUUGUAUGAGAAACUCAAUGAAAAACUCAAUUCUAACAAGAAACAAGUCAAAAAGACUGUCCUUCAAGGGAAGAAUAAUGGAGAAGUCUCUUCUCAUGAAGAAAUUGGAGACUCUGAACUUGUCAGAGAUGCAAUAGAGACAAGCCUAAGCUGUAUUGAUAGAAUCCCUGUUCUGGAUAACAUUCAAGAGAAUUAUGGAAAGCUCAGAUAUCUCAAAGAGAAUAUGGAGAAUAACUCCUUACUCUCAAACCUUCAAAAAUUGGUCACAUCCAAGGAUGAAGAAAUUAAGAUGAACACACUUAGUGAAGAUUUGAUCUUCAAAGAUCUCCUUGAUGUCCAAAAGGAAGAGCUUUAUCCAAAAUUACUGGUUAAUCCAAAGCAAAACAAAAAGGCUAUCUGCUUAGAAAAUCUAAUCGAUCAAGCAAACCGUCAGACUUCUGAUGCAAUUCAUAUGUUAGAGCAGGACAAAAAGGUAAUUAAGAUGGAGAAACUUAAAGAAUCAAUCCUUAAUCUCAAAAAACUCCAUCAAAACAAGCUUGACCAAGUCAGGAAGUUCAAUGAAAGUCUCGAACAAAAGCUUGCUGUAUAAUUCAUUAAUAUUUA